UUUACAACAUAAAAAAUCAAAUCUUUGGAGUGAAGGGAUCAUCGAUCUUAUUAAUUUCUCGCGCUCUUUGAGAUCGCGUCUUCAGUUGAUUCUCAAAGCUUAAUUGAGCCAGAUCUCUCUCAUCACCUACCAGUUCUCUCGCCCUCGGAUUCAUGGAGUCUUCUCCUUCUGUGAAGAACAUUCUCCUUUUGGAUUCUGAAGGAAAACGUGUGGCAGUCAAAUAUUUUUCAGAUGACUGGCCUACUCACAGCACAAAGUUAGCUUUUGAGAGGUCUGUAUUCAUUAAAACUCUGAAGACCAAUGCUCGGUCAGAAGCCGAAAUUGCAAUGUUCGAUGGAUACAUUGUCGUCUACAAAUUUGUCCAGGACCUGCACUUUUUUGUCACUGCAGGUGAUGAUGAAAAUGAACUCAUCUUAGCAACAGUUCUUCAGGGCUUCUAUGAUGCUGUCGUCAAUCUUCUCAGGACCGAUGUAGAGAAAAGGACUGCUCUCGAGAACUUGGACCUGAUUCUUCUUUGCAUCGAUGAAAUUGUUGAUGGAGGGAUCAUCUUGGAAACAGAUGGGAGCGCUAUUGCUGGAAAGGUCGCAACCAAUACUGCUGAUAGUUCUGUUGCAUUCUCCGAGCAAAACAUUUCUCAAGCAUUGGCUACAGCAAGGGAUCACUUUGCUAGAUCCUUCCUGCAAUGAUUUUGUGAUGACAUCCUGGCUUUGGCUUCAAUAAUACCCUUCUUCCCCUUUUUAUCAUUCUUUUUGAGUUUUGACUAAGAAUUUUUUAUGCUUUAUUUUAUGGUUUCAUGUAUUUAAGCCAUUGUGCUUGGCUUAAGUCAGUAAAAGUGAUAGCUGGUAAUUUAGACACAAAGUGGUUUGAGUGAAUCUCUUCUAGAAUAGGAUUUUUCUAAGGUCUGUUAUUAAAUGGAGAUAUUCUGGAUGAUUUGGUAAUGAAAUUGCAGUCAUUUUACUUGUUCC